GUAUGGCUGUGCGUUCGAAGCAAGCGAUUGCCAAAAUGCUCAGCCAAAGUUUACUGCUAUUUCUCGUAUUGCCUUUGUGUUGGGGAGCCGAUGACCACUUCAGAGAUAUAACAAAGAACGUUUUCGGGAACGAAAGUGGAUAUCUGGCAGCAUUCGCGGAUUUCAACAGUGAUAAAUCCAUCGACGUGUUUGUGCUAAUAGCUCAGGAUUCGAGCAAAGGUUUCACGCAAAUCGACCUGAAUCAGGCGCUCAUUUCGAGGUUCAGCGAAGAGAAGUUCACGCGAACAACUCUUCUGAAAGACCUGCCUCAUCGAGUAGAUUCGAUUAUACCGGCCGACUUCGAUGGCGACCGGAUACAGGACGUCCUCUUGUACUCGAAAGAGACGUCGACCAUCACUAUCUAUUGGGGGACAGGAGAUUACGCGAACGCUACGAACCUCUUGGACUUGGUGAGCGUGAAAGACGUUCACGCAGAGCCGUCGUUAUUCGAUUUCGAUGGAGAUCGGAUCGUCGACAUUCUCACGUCCAACGACAGCUCGAGAAUAAGCCGAAGGGUGAUAACUUGUGAAGGACGUUCGUGCAAUAGAAAUAGAACUCUGGGCAAAAGCGAAAGCACGCUGGCUCCGAUGGCCGUCUACCAUUCGAAUUCCUUUGUGGAUCUCAACGGGGACUUGAACCCCGAUCUCUUGAUAUCCACCGAAAAGCAUUUCGAAAUCUGGAUCUGGAAAGCCCCGGGUGAAUGGGAGCUCAGUCCUCACAAUCGGCCAUAUCCAGAGGGCCUCCGAGCGUCCGACAUUGGUCAGUCAGUGCUCGUUGACUUCGACUCAUCAGGAAAGCUAUCGCAUUUGGUUCAGCGAUCUACGAGAAGCAGCGAUCAAAUCCUCGUUUGGGUGCCGAAGGCGAAUAGCACCUUCGCGGGCAACUGGCAGCCGGUUUUCACGCUGAAAUCGUUCAAGUUCUGGACAGACACCAGCUAUCAGAACGAAGUGAACGCAAUGAUGGCUCUCAAAUCGGCUGACCUCGAUCAAGACGGCUACCCGGACUUCAUGGCAAUCUACGUGGAUCCGAGCGACCCGAGGAACGUGAAAAGAGGAGUCGUAAGCCUUUUGAACCGACCCUGCGAUAAAGAUGGCGCUUGCCCCCUGGGUCGCACCUUGACGCCGGUGUACAAUCCGGGAGACUUCAAGAAGUUCCCCCGAGUGACGAACUUGGGUUUCUUCGAUAUCAGAGAGAAUGGAAAAAUGGACGUCUUGGUCACAACCGGCGAUCUCAAACAGGCAAACUGGAGCAUAUCCGCCUUGGAGAACACCUACGCCGAGGACGCCUGUUUCAUCAAAGUUAUCACGGUCAGUGGUCUCUGUGCCAAGGAUCGUUGCAUAGAAAAGAAGAAUAUCAUCGAAUAUGGGUACAAUCAACCCGGACCAGUAGUCACCUACAGUAUAAUUGACUCCGAGGGCAAAAUGAGGAGUUCCAUGGCUUCCCAACUCUACCAAACGAGUCAUGGCUCGUUGCAGCUGCCGUACAUUCUCUUCGGCAUCGGACUAUCGCCGAAUUUCGUCGAGAGUCUCGAAGUGCGCAUGCCCGGAUUGAAUAGAAGUCACCAGUGGACUCAGAUCAUUCCCAACUCUCAAAUGCUGGUCAUUCCGAGUCCGGCCACCGAGCCGUCCCAGUGGCAGAACAAAUUGUUCAUCACGCCAUCACGUAAAAUGCUGGUCACCGGAAUCACUCUUCUUGGUGUUGUGGUAGUCAACGUCUUCAUAAUCCUGGCGCUCCACAUGAUGGAGAAGAAGGCGGACAAAAUCGAAAGAGCGCAACAGGCACAUCGCUUCAACUUCGAUGCCAUGUAAGGAAUACGGAUCGUUCCUGAAGGACGAGCAAGGCUCCGAGGGAAUAGAGGCGACGACGGCCAAUUUCAGCGAGUCCGAACUCCGACUGAGUCGCACUGUCCCGGCGUCUACUUCUUUGUCUAGUCAACCACCAUGCCCGAAAAAGUGCCCGAAGACGAACGGCAUCUAGUGACGAUGCCAUGAUCCUGACGGAUUCCAGCCUCACCAAAUCGGCGACACUCGCCACGUCUAGUAUCGGAGUGGGCGAGAUGUAUAAAGAGAAAUCAUAGGUAAACAAUUAGGUGGAUACACGUUGGAGCGAGCGACGACCAGAGAGAAGACGCGCGACACCGAUAGCUCAAAGUUAACAAACUGGUCGUGUGUCUCCGUUGUUUCUGAAUCCACCUUAUAUCCUCGAAAGAACUUGUCCUGAUGAGGCGGUGGCCCGAUGAGAGAGAUCCAUCGAGUCACUCCGUACUGUAAAUAACGCCACAGCACCACGAUGGACCCGACGUUGUCUCAUGUGAUAGAUCCAGAUUGUCUGCACGUCUGCCCGCCUGUUCAAUUGGUUGAGUACUCGACUACGUGAAUGGAUGAGUGAUUGAUCAAAUGAUUCAAAACAAGUUCGACUGACUGCCCGAAUCAUUUAAGCGACUGACCGACUAAUGGAUCAAUGUUAUUAGUGACCAUGAAGGGGAGAGAAGCUGUUGCCGUCUCACGGGACGAAGCGGAAAUAUGUUGGAGAACGAUAGAGAGACGCAGAGGAUCAUUCUUUGGAGACGGAGAUCGUUGUUGGAAUUUUACCAAACUGUAGGACGAAGCAUUGUCGUAUUAUUGUCGGGGACGAUGAGCCCGAAUUCCUUCUCGCUACGAUCGCAGAAAGGAUCACGAAGUCAACCGAGAAUAGGCAACCUACGUAGGUACCGAGUGAGCCAUGGAAACUUAAUAAAGAGUAUUCUCU